ACCCAAAAUAGCAGAACGCAAAUUUCCCGGGUCUUGGAUUAGGCUCACCCAUUUGGAAAGUAAAAAAAUCAAGACGUUGAUUGAUGCAGAAAAUGAUCUAUUAGUUUUGUUAUUUUUCCGUUGAGCAAAAGUGAAAAGUUUGUGAGUUAUCGAAAUGAAUCCAGCACCUGUAACAUCGAGGCCAAUCGUUGGCGAUUCUACAAGUGGUGUAGCGACACCUUUACCACCUCCUGCACCACCGGCUCCGCUAGUUCGUCCGCUCUAUGCUAAACCAAUAGUUGCACCCCAUAUUCAAGACCUACCAACUAAACCACCUUUGCCACCGGGACAACAGUUUGCAACCCACAACUUCAAAACCCACCAAUAUCCAGUCAACACACCAGCAGCGGUUUAUUACCAACCUGGACCGCGUCAAAUAAUAAUGAGUCAGGAUGGAUCAGGAUUUCAGCGGCCACCAAAUCCGUCUGCAUCACCGCAAAAUAUGCGUCCCAUGGCACCAUCGCCGAUGAAUCGACCGGGUGGUCCUGGGCCACGCCCGCCCGCACCGGGAUCACCUGCCCCUAGUCAGUACCCCAACAUGAGACCCCAAAUGCCAUCUCCACAACCCGGUAUGCAGCGUCCGAUCUUGAACCAGAAUAUGCGUCCAACUACUCCGCAGCAAGUUCGGGCUCCCAACAUGAUGCCACAGAAUGCCAGACCCCCAUUCUCACCACAGAAUUCUAUCGCGGGAAGCAAUCCCCAAAUAAGACCGGGACCACCGCCGAUUCGUCCUCCAGGAGUCGGUCCUCCAAUGAAUCAACCCGGGAUGAUGUCUAUGCAGCAGAAUCGUCCAGCACCAAUCCCUCAACAGAUCAUAAACAAUCGUCCUCCGGCGAUGCCUUUCAAAUCCCCUGUUCAGGGCUUAAAUCCCGGGGAGACUUACGAACGAGAGUCACCUGAAGCAUUGAGUCGAAUGCAAUCCGACCUUAGCAUUGGAAAAGUUGACAGUCCCAAGAGUAGUUAUUUAUCUACAGAUGACGAUGAAGAUGUUGUUAUUGGCAAGAUAACUCCUUUGGCUUCGUCAAGAUCCCCGGACAAUCAAAUUAGCCCUACGAUAAAAACUGCGCCGUCGGUUCCGUUCCACAGAUCUGACAGUCAGAUGUCGAUUCCAUCUAGACCACCAUCUGGCAUGGGAAAUUAUGGAAAACUACCGGAUGCAGCACUGAAAACCUCUCAUUCUCCGUCACCAGCAGUCCAAUCAAAUGAAAUUGUCUACAAGGAAAAGCACAUGAUAUCACCUGAAAAGCCCCUAAACGGAAUUGGAGCUGCAGAACGCAUGAAAACUCCUUCACCCGAGCAGGGAAAAUAUGUGAACAUCGACCAGGUCAAGCCUUCUAGUCGGACACCGUCAACGGACAACAUGAACCGCCCGAACAAACCGAUGGAUCUGCCGUCGUCACCUCGUCCACAGGUGGCAGCACCACAGCAACAACCUCCCUCGGCGGUCUCAAUGGCCGCGAAACCUGGCAAACCAUCACAGGCCACUCCGACCACACCCGGAACAGAGCGAGUAACUUUUGUUUUGCCCGAAGAAACAAACAGUGUACCAAACUCAGAACCAUUGCGGAAGACACCCGUUCCGCCGAACAUUCUUAAAAAGCCCGACGCGGAAACGCGUGGCCGCAGCCCUUUUAAGAAUCACCUCUCCGUGGAGCGCAAUUAUUCGCCCGUAGAUAACAAAGGUGACAAUGACAGUGGAGUGGAUGAAUCAACUCAAGAAAAAGAACGAAAUGGUCCAACUUCUCCAGUAUCACCAGUGAAAUCACCCAGCAAAAUACCGUCACUGCGAAGACCAGAAAGUAUCACUCCCCAUAGCCGUUCCAGAAGCACAUCGAAGCAACGACUAACGGCCAAAACUCCAGAAACUCCAACCGAACCUUUGAUCAAAAAAAUACCAAUGAAUAAGAUUCAGGUCGGUGCUACUCCGUCGCCCAAUCUGAAGGUUGUUCGGUCCAAGAUUGGCUCGCUGGAAAAUGCAACCCACAAGCCGGGCGGUGGAAACGUUAAGAUAGAAACGAAAAAAAUUGAAAUUAAAGCUGGGUCCAGAAUCGAAGCCAAAAACGAGCACUACGUCCCGAAGGGUGGUGAUAAGAAGAUCAUCACAACCAAGCUGCAGUGGAACGCGAAACCCAAGAUUGGUUCGCUCGAAAAUGCCACCCACAAGCCAGGUGGUGGUGACAAACGGAUUGAGGUACUCAAAACGGACUUCAAGGAGCGUGCCCGACCCAAAGUGGGCUCGAAGGACAACUUGGGCUACCAGCCGGGUGGCGGCGAUGUUAAGCCUGGAAGUACCACCAUUGUUGAACAAAACAAAAGAGUCAUUAUCAAUCAAAAGCUGGAUAUCAAGGCGGAGAGCAAGGUGGGAUCGCUCGAAAACGUCAAGCACAAACCAGGAGGUGGCGAUAAGAAGAUCUUUGAUGACAGGGAGUAUCUGAAGCAGAUUGAUCAUCCCAUAAUUCCAACACCACCAUCGCAGAGUCCUACACCGGACGAUCUCAGCAUUAACGAAGCAAGCAGCGUAGAAGCAGAUGCACAGCAUUCAACAGUUACUACUACAAACACACAACUAACCAACUAAAUUUCACGCACCUUUGCUUUGUACCCGCAACAAGUAUAACAACUAAGCCACCUGCAAUCUGCUCAGUUUUUUUCAAACUUGGGCAUUUUCAUUUUUGAAUACGUAUUCUUGCAAAGUAACGGCUAGAAUUUAGUUAGCAAGUGUUGAUAUAGGUAACACAAUUUUGUAAAAUUUAAAACAUUUUCAAAUUUUGCUUAAACACUCAAGAUCAUACUAAACAAAAUAUAUAAAAAAAAGUAAUGGCAUUAUAAAAACCAUUGUCACAGUAAAUAAUUAACAUUUUUGUUAUAAAUCAAACCAUGCACUUAUAGAAACAAUCAUUCACAUUAUUUUUUGCAUGCUCCUAAUAUGUUUCACUUUUUUUCUACGCGUGAAUAAUUUCUGUUUGAUUUCUUCCGGAAAAAUGACCUUUACUUGUUUAAUGUAGCUUUAUUAUUUGAAAAGGACUCUGGUUGUUAGCAUUCUGGUUGUCUUGACAUUCGCAUCUAAACAUUUGUUCAUAACAGCGACAAGAUGGCGAUGGAAUUCAAACUUACUUUUACUGCACAGAAAAAAAAAUCAAUUCUCGUAAUCGUGAAUUAAGUUCACGAAUGUGAGAACCACGAAGGAAUUUAUUCAUGAGUAUGGUGAAUUUGCACCAUAAACGUGAAUGUAUUCCUUCGUGGUUCUCGCAUUCGUGAAUUGGUUUUUAUCAGUGUGUAUACGGUUUAUGAGGUGUUCUCUAUGGAAUUAAAUUGCAUUUUUUUUGCUAGGUCGUCGAAUUCAUGACAAUACAAAUUGGGUUAAGUAAAGGUCCUUUUCUCGUAGUGUAAAACUAAGAUUGGUAGUUGUAUAUUUAUAAUAUCUUUAUUCAGAUUAUCACUUCUUUGUUUUAUAUUGUAACUUAUUUUGUUCUUGAUAUGUUUGAGAAAGUAUUCGUUUGUUUAGCUUAUUUUUUUGAAAGGUUUUAGCAAAUUCUUGGUUUUGUAUUUUAGUUUAUCAAUUAUCAUUUUCAUUUUCUUGUUUUAUUUUUUUUAUUUUUAGUCUCCUGUUCCCGAAUUCGACCAAAAUUCCUACUAUUAAAAAUAAUAUCACGAACUAUGAAAAUGAUGCCAAUACUGACUAAAAAGCUAUAUACACAUAUAAACAACUGCAAACUGUAAACUGUAUGAAUCAUGAUUGGUCCUGUUGAUUAGUUUUAAGUUUUUGUGUUGGAUAGGCGCUGAAAGAACACGAGCACACAAGUAAAACUUUGAUAGUAGCAAGCGCACCAAAUAGACAAAAAAAUGUGAACCGGUUAAGUUUUCCGAUUUGAUUUUGUCACCCGUUGAUAAAGAUUUGCCAUUUCACGUAAGUUGAGCUGAACAAGUGCUGAAAUGAAUGCUGCAAAUAAAUAUGCUAAUCGGCAUAACGAGACAGGCUCUGUUUGAGUGAAAUAUUCAAAAGACAGUUAAAUUUUUAUGUUGCAAUUGCGUCAUUUGUUGCCCUUAUUAGUAGAAAUUUUGCGUAAGGAACUAACUUUUCUUCGUAGAGUGUUUUCUAGUCGCAUCGUUGAUCAUAGAAAGUACCUAAGCAAAAGUAUGGAAACAUUUGACAAUUUCCUUUGAUGCUGAUGAUUAUAUUUCAUAAAUAUGAUUGUAACGAAAGCAAAUUAGUCAUCGUCUAUAUGUAAUUUGAGCAACAAAAACAACACACACACACACACUUAAAAGAUUGUAUGGAUUGUAGGGUUUGCAUCAGUUGAUAUAUUCAUAUUUAUCGAAAGUUAAUCUGAGGAUAUUACUAUUUUGCUGACUUUCGAUAAUUGGUAUACAGAGCUUUGAUUCAAAACUACAACCAAUUAGCUACCAACAUUGAUUGAAGCAUAACUACAAAAACAAAAACAUACAAAACAUGCUGCUAUGGAUGUAACCUUUAUUAUUAAUUAGGCUUCGAGGAUGAUUGAUAAAUAAAACAUAUAAAAAUAUGGCAAAUUUGUAUUAUUUGUUCAAAAACAA